AUGGCGGAAGGAGCUGGGAGCGUGCGGCUGGAGCUGGCGGGGAUUUUCCAAUCUGCGGUGAAGAAGGCAUUCCCAGAAGAAUCCGUUGAGAUGGUAGUGACGCCCUGCGACCCCAAGUUUGGGGACUACCAGUGUCCUGUCGCUAUGGGCAUAUUCAAAAAGAUGAAGGGUAAGGAAGGUGCCCCAAAGAAUCCAAGGGAGGUGGCGAAUGCUAUCAUGGGGAACUUGGCUGACAGUCCUUUGAUUGCAGAGGCAAGUGUGGCUGGUGCAGGAUUUGUGAAUGUCAGACUGUCACGAGAGUGGCUUGCAGACAGACUAGGGAAGAUGAUCACUGAGGGCGUUGCCACAUGGGCGCCUCCACCUGCCAAGGCCCGUGUCCUAGUGGACUUCUCCUCCCCCAACGUUGCCAAGGAGAUGCAUGUGGGCCACCUGCGGUCCACUAUCAUCGGGGACACCAUCGCCAGGACACUGGAGUUCACUGGAGCUGAGGUGCUGCGGAUAAACCACAUUGGUGACUGGGGCACGCAGUUUGGGAUGCUGAUCCAGCACAUGUCAGAGUCACGCCCAGAGGGCCUUGGAGAGGAGGGCGGCACUGAGGAGGAUGUAGCAGAUCUUCAGAAGCUGUACAGGGCAGCCAAGGCGCGUUUUGAUGCUGAGGAAGACUUCAAGACUCGCUCCCGCCAGGCAGUGCGUACGUUGCAAUCUGGCGAUCCCCAGUAUAUAGCAGCAUGGAAGCGAAUCUGUGCAGCCUCCAGGAAGCAAUUUGAAGCUAUCUAUGAACGUUUGAAUGUCAAGCUGGUGGAGAGGGGUGAGAGCUUCUACAAUCCCUUCCUUGCACCCCUUGUUGAGGAAUUGAAAGAGAGGGGCUUUUCAGAGGAAAGUGAAGGUGCACAGUGCAUUUUCGUGGACAAGAUCAAGGUCCCUUUCAUUGUCCAGAAAUCGGAUGGUGGAUUUGGCUAUGCCACCACUGACUUGGCUGCCCUAAAGUACCGGGUCACGGAAGAUAAGGCUGACUGGAUCAUCUAUGUCACGGACGUUGGGCAGAGUCAGCACUUUCAGCAGCUCUUUGGUGCUGCAAAGAAGAUGAACUUGCUGGCUGGUAGCACCAAAGUUGACCAUGUGGCAUUUGGACUCGUCCUUGGGGAUGAUGGCCAGAAGUUCAAGACCCGGUCUGGAUCUGUCGUGCGCCUGGUUGACUUGCUAGAUGAGGCGAAAGCAAGGUGCCGGGCGGCCAUCAAAGAGCGCUGGGACGAGCGUGGGGAAGAAAUUUCAGAGGAAGAUUUGGAGUACGCCUCAUGCGCCAUGGGCUACGGGGCGGUGAAGUAUGCCGACUUGAAGAACAACAGGCUCUCAAACUACCGAUUUUCCUAUGACGAGAUGCUGAAUACAAAGGGCAACACAGCAGUGUACCUCAUGUACGCCUAUGCCCGCCUUUGUGGCAUAUUCCGGAAGUCGGGGAGGAAUGUGGAGGAGCUGAUUUCCAACGAGAAGAUAGUUUUGGAGCACGAGAAGGAAUUUGCCCUUGCCCUACAGCUCGCACGAUUCCCAGAGGCCGUCGAGAGGACUGUGCAGGAGUUGCUGCCCAACCGGCUGUGCGAGUACCUCUACGAACUGUCCGACGUCGUCAACGGCUUCCACCACGAGUGCCAAGUGAUUGGCAGCGAGCAGGAGGCAAGCCGCCUGCUGCUGUGCCAAGCCACAGUGAUGAUCAAGCGUGCAUGCUUUGAACUGCUGGGGCUCACGCCCCUCAACAGGAUCUGA